UUAAUGAAAGCAAGGUUUUUGGCUCAACUGGGUAGCCAAGUAAACUCUAAUGAAAGCGUGUCAACUAGUUUAUCCUUCACUUCUCUUCUUCUCUCUCAUUGAUUCUUUCUAUCUCUCUAUUUCUUCUUUUAUUUUUUCUUUUUUAUGGUUUGCCAUUGAUUUCUCUCUUUCUCUAUAUAUAUAUCUUCUUUCAAGAAACAAACAAAGUUGGUCUCUGGAUCGCAACAUCAUUCUUGCAGAAACAAAGUAAAUGUUACUAAAGAAUCUGAUGGAAGAGAAGCAACUGGAUUUUAAUCAGCCACUUUUAUCAGUGAGAAGGUUUUCAUCAACGGUGUCCACCAUUGAAGCUGAUAACAAAAAGAAAACUGAAAAUGCUUUCUCCAAAGUGCCCCCUCUUCCUAAGUACAAGUCAGAACUGAAAUCAGGUCCAGUCAGGAAUCCAGGAACUGUUCCUUUUGUAUGGGAGCGAUCCCCGGGAAAGCCCAAGUGUGAAAUUAAACCUCAAACUGUUGCCCUUCAACAGCCUCCUAUGAUUCCAAAGCUUCCACCAGGGAGAAUGUUGAAUGUUGAGAGGCAAGGUUUAAAUAAAGCUCCUGGAGGCACAGCAGCUGGUCAAUGCGAAGCACGAAAUGGCCUUUUGGGUUCUUACGGUUUUUCAUCUUCAGAUAGAAAUGUAAUUAAAGAAGAGAGCUCCAGAGAGAAAAUGGAGAAGACAGACAUGUCUGGUUCAGAGGACGAUGAGACCUAUGUAGAUGCCCUUGAUACUCUUUCUCGGAGUGAAUCGUUCUUCUUGAACUGCAGUAUAAGUGGGGUGAGUGGGUUGGAUGGUCCAGAUAUGAAACCAUCUGGUACUUUCUCAACAGAUCCACAGACUCGAGAUUUCAUGAUGGGCCGGUUCCUGCCUGCAGCAAAGGCAAUGGCUUCAGAAACUCCCCAACAUUCCACUAAGAAGCAACCUGCAGCACAAGAACAACCGAGACAGAUAAAGAAGACAUUAGGUGUGGAAAAAUAUCAUCCAUUCAAUGAAUGCAGAAGGCAAAGUGAUAUGCCACACUGUUCCCAAUGUAGUGGAGUGAAAGAAAUUGAACAAGAGGAUGAUGAUUAUAAUUAUGAAGGACCAGAUAACUCCUCCCCUAAAGUUUGUGGGUUGUUCCCUCGAUUAUGCUUACAAAAUUCCUUUUGUCUUUUGAGUCCUGUACCAGGGAUGAGAAAACAGGUCCAGCUACCCAUUUCUUUAUCACAUAUGACAAAAGUUAAACCUUCAUAUGCUGCUUGUUGCACUGAAACUAUGAAUGAGCAUGAUAAAGAUGCUGUUAACAAACGAGGAUCAGUUAAUGCACUUCAAGCAAAGGGGAUAGUUGAAGAUAAAAUUGAACUGAAAAGUGAAUCAAAUAAGAAAGCUUGCAGAAAUGAUUAUCAGAAAUUGGAUGGAUCAUAUCUGUACAAGCGUUUACAGGGCAAUGGCACUUCACCCUACCAUGAUAAAUUUUCUCAAUCUGCUGUUAGUGAAGAGAAGGGAUUUCUAGGUGUUCCUGAAAAACCCAAGAAUUCUGGGGCAAGAGGCUUUAAUGCACAUGCAAAAGGUGGCAAGAAUUUUCGAGAAUUAUUGGCUAACGAGAGAAAUGAGUGGGAAUCAGCUCCUGCUAGUUCUCUGGUUGAGAAAACUCUGUACAUAGAUUCUGUACAAAUGAUAAAACCUCAAACUUCAAAUUCAAGUUCUCCAGAUACAAAAGACCUGAUUAAUUGCAGAAGAGAUGAUCAAGAUAAGGAAAUUGAUGGAACUGCUACUUUUGAUUCUUCAUUUCAAGACAUUAAGAAUGCUAAUUCUGCAUAUCCAAAGGUGAAUGUGCUGCCUGAAAGUCUGGAUCCUACCGAUUCUAGUCUUCUAUCAUUAUCUGAUAAAUCCAUGCAUGAUGCGCAAAUGCCUUUGGUGCAUUUAAGACAUGACCAAGACCUCAUGGCCAUUUCUGUUACACCAACAAGCCCAAAAGUGUAUGGAGAUGGGAAGAUUGAUUUAGAAAGCCAACUGGGUAAGAUAUUAAGCAACUUAGAAAGUUCUAUCCAGGACCCUAUCAAGAUGACAAGAGAAAAUGUGGCUGACAAUGGAAAGACCGAUUUAAAAAGCCAACUCUGUACAGAAUUAGGUGAUCAAGAAACUCCUGAUAGCUGCUACACUCUGCAUCCUCUACCCCCACCUUUACCAAAAUCUCCAUCAGAAUCUUGGCUAAAGCGUACUUUACCUGCUGUUUCCUCAAAGCAUACAUCUCUAAAGUCUUUUCCUGGUAUGCAUGCAUAUCCUGUAGUUCAGGCUCCCAAAGUGCAGUCCCCAGACCUGAAGUGGGAAACAAUAGUCAAAACUUCUAAUGUACAGUGUGGACAUUUGCGAUUUUCUGAGGAAUUACUUGUACCAAUACCUGAAGUUUAACUGAAAACUCAUAUUCGAUCUCCUGGCCCAAGCAUAUACUUCCCAAGAGUGCACACCCUUUAUUGGGUUUAAGGUUCUGAUAAACAUCUGCCAUCUUUGUAUUUUCAGUCUCCAAACUGCUUUUUCAGCUUCAUUUGAGUUGGUACAUAUACAAAUUACAACUAUAAGUCAAACAUAGCACAUCAAUUCUCUUCCUUGAUAAGAAGUUAUAAUCAGUUAAUAUCUUGUAAAUUCUGUCAUUCAUCAAGUCAGUCAAGUUCAUGUAUGUAAACUUAGAAAAUUAAGAGCUGAAUUUCUUUUGUAAUAAAAGGAGAAGACAGAGGUGCAAUAGGUCAUGAAACUGACCUGUUUGUAUUUCAAUAAUAAUAAGAUCCUUUCUAGCAAAA